AUGAAAAUUAGUUCUAUUGUACUCUCUAUUUUGACAUAUAUAUCAGUUGACUCAAUCAUUGCAUAGCACAACCAUGGAGACUACAUCGAUCUUAACCCGGCAUACAGAGUUAAACUUAGUGGAAGUGAUUCAUUUGACCAUUUGCAUACAUACUAAAAGGAUAAGUUCUUCGUGGAGGGUUUUGAAUUCCUUUCAGAUGACUUGAUGAUUUAAAGCGCUGGGCUUUACUCAGGUUCAGAAAUUCAUUUGAUUAGCAUUGAUCACGACAAGCACCAGUCUAAAAUUGUCCAGAAAGCAACUCUUCCCUCCAAAUUUUUCGGAGAAGGUUGUACUGCCUUUAAAAAUGUGAUCUACUAAAUGACUUACAGGGAAAAGAAGGUUUUCCUCUAUGAUUAAAAAACUUUAGAAAGCAAGGGAACACUAGAUAUGCCAGAGAUUAUGGUCGAGGGUUGGGGACUUACUCAUGACUCCAAAAACCUAUAUGCCUCAGAUGGUACAGAGUACAUUUACAAACUUGAUCCAGCUACAUUCCAUGUCGUUGGCGAGAUUGAAGUAAAGGACAAUGGUAAGAAUGUUGAAUAUAUCAAUGAAUUGGAAUAUGCUAAUGGUUUUAUCUAUGCCAAUGUUCUUCCACACAACAUUAUAAUUAAGAUCGAUCCAGAGACAGGAAACGUCGUGAGAAAAUAUGAUUUCGGCAGUUUAAAGAAGAAGAUGAUCAAAUCAAUGCAUAAUUUAUUCUGGGAUGACCAAAACAACGUCCUCAAUGGCAUCGCUUAUAGAAAAUCAACCAACACAUUCUUUGUGACAGGCAAGAACUUUAAUCAAAUAUUUGAAGUCAUGCUUAAUUGA